AUGUCAACACAAGGGAAAUUAAACACGCGAAAUGCUGGAUCCAGCAAGGAAGACAUAGACUCUAUUUUACGAAUUCCAAUAUCUAUCUAUCAAUCUAGUUCAGUCUGUUCAUAUCAAUGUCUCUAUGUAUGUAUGUACCUAUCACAUUCUAUCUAUAUACCUAUCUAUCUCAGUCUUUUCAUAUCUAUCUAUAUAGUUGUUCAUAUCUAUCUAUCUAUCUAUCUAUCUCAGUCUGUUCAUAUAUAUGUCUCUAUGUAUGUAUGUAUUUAUCGCAUUAUAUCUAUCUAUCUAUCUAUCUAUCUCAGUCUGUUCAUAUCUAUCUAUAUAGUUCUAUCUAUUUCCGUCUGCUUCUAUCUAUCUCAGUCUGUUCAUACCUGUCAGUUUUUAUCUGUCAAUCUAUAUAGUUAUUCAUAUCUAUCUAUCUAUCUAUCUAUCUAUCUAUCUAAUCGCUGUCUGUUCGUAUAUAAACGUAUCCUCUAUAUACAUUUGAUCAUAUCUAUCUAUCUAUCUAUCUCAGUCUUUAUUCAUAUCUAUCUAUCUAUCUAUCUAUCUAUCUAUCUAUCUAUUCGCUGUCUGUUUGUAUAUAAACGUAUCCUCUAUAUACAUUUGUUCAUAUCUAUCUAUCUAUCUAUCUAUCUAUCUAUCUAUCUAUCUAUCUAUCUAUCUCAGUCUGUUCAUCUCUCUCUCUCCCUGUCUUUCACUUUCUGCCUGACUACUGUUCCUAUCUAUCUAUCUAUCUAUCUAUCUAGUCAGGGAACUAUCUCAGACUGUUCAUGUCUAUCUAUCUAUCUAUCUAUCUAUCUAUCUAUCUUCUCUAUCUAUCUAUCUAUCUAUCUACCUAUCUAUCUAUCUAAUACAAGCAUUUCGUAUCUAUCUAUCUAUCUAUCUAAUAACAAUAAUUUCGUAUCUAUCUAUCUAUCUAUCUACCUAAUACAAUCAUUUCGUAUCUAUCUAUCUCUCUAUCUAGCUAUCUAUCUAAUACAAUCAUUUCGUAUCUAUCUAAUACAAUCAUUUCGUAACUAUCUAUCUAUCUAUCUAUCUAUCUAUCUAUCCAUCUAUCUAUCUAUCUAA